UUCUCACUCAACAUCAACGUUUUGCUUGAAUCGAUUUUCAAAGGUUUUGCAUUCAAAAUGAUGACCUGUAGUUUUAAUUUGAUUAAACUGGUGACUUUCAUUGUCAAUUUGGUGUUUUGUAUUGUUGGUUUGAUUUUCAUUGGAAUAGGUUCGUACGUGACGGUGAGCUUGGGCGAUUAUAAAACCUUUUUGGAAGACAAAAUUAUCUCAGCACCCAUAAUUUUAUUGGUCACUGGAUGCGUGAUAUUUUUGGUUUCGUUUUGCGGAUGUUGUGGAGCCAAACGGCAAUCGACGUGUCUUUUGAAAACCUACAUCUUCGCUCUUGUUGUGGUGACAGUAUUGGCGGUGACAGUUGGAUGUCUCGCAGCCAUUUACAAUGAAGAUUUCAAAGACGCUCUUCAGAAGGCACUGCAAAAAUCAUUGGACAAAGGAGAAGAAGAUCUAGAUGCUUGGGAUGCUUUGCAAGAAAAUUUCGAAUGUUGUGGUAUACAUGGUCCAAGUGACUGGAAAGUCAUUCCAAAACCGGAGAGUUGUAAAGAUUAUAAACAAGGUUGUCUUGAAAAAUUAGAAGAUUUGGUUGCUGACAAUGCAAAACUUCUCAUAGGUAUUGCUUUUGGGCUUUUAGCAAUAAAAGUACUUGGAAUCAUUUUUGCAAGUUGCCUAAUCACUGGCAUAAGGAAGAAGCAUCAAACAUAUUAAAUAGUAACAUGAAGUAGAACCACAAAUAAGUAAAUUAAAGCACAAAAAUUUAUCAAGUGAACCCUGAUCAGUCCUUCAGAGCAAAACAAUAAACUUUUAAUCUUUGAUACGUGAUAACUAUUUCAAUUUUUUAAUUGAGAUUAUUUUAAAUUUUCCCUAUUUUUAUACCAAUCAUAUAAAUAUGAUAUUUUUUUAAUAAAUAAUAAAUAAUUAUUGAAUUUGAA